AUGGAAAGCUUUCGUCUGGCACUGAUUAUUGAACUGAUACUUCUAUUGAGCUUAAUUGCUUUUGUAAAUGUAUUUUGUGCUAUAAAAAUCAAAUUCUAUCUGAAGAAUACCAAACAAACCAGUUGUUGGUUGCUCCAAUAUCACUUCUUUCAGGCUGCUUGUCCGAUCGUAUUCUUGGUGACACCGUAUUGCUUUGCUGUAUUUCUACUUUUCACUGGUAUUGACUCUAACCAAAUCAUCACAGUCGUGCUUUCGACUCUUCUGGCCUUAUAUCCGAUUUUCAACCCAAUUAUUAUUAUUACCUUCAUGAAGGAGUACAGAAAUUUUAUUGCCAUCAAACUAAAAGCGCCAGACGUCGUACGCGAGAUUGAUAAACCCAUCUGA